AAGCGAUGAAUGCUUGGUUAGGAAAAGUAGCAGUUGUGACUGGCGCGAGCGGAGGAAUUGGUCUCGCGAUAUCGAAAGCUUUGGCUAGCUAUGGAAUUAGAGUGAUUGGUUUAGCAAGAAGAAUGGAGAAGCUCACGGAAGCUUCCGCAAUGAUUGGACAGUAUCUAUUUCAUCCGAUCGAGUGCGACAUAAAGGUAGAAGAUGAAAUACUUAAUACGUUCAAAUAUAUCGAGGAACACUUUGGUGGCGUUGACAUUCUAGUGAAUAAUGCUGGUAUCUUCAAUCGCUCAUACAUCAUAGACUCAGAUACCACGGAAUUUCAGGAUGUCAUUAAUACCAACUUGAUGGCUCCAGCAAUUCUUGCACGAGAAGCAAUGAAUUCUAUAAAGAAACGCAACGCUAGGGGUCAUAUAAUUAAUAUCUCAGGCACUCCCGGAUUAUAUCUUCAAGCUGUAACCGUACCGAUCGGCAUGUAUGGUCCUAGUAAAUACGGUCUAAAAGCUCUAGGGAUAGAACUCCGUCACGAAAUAGCACUGGCCGAACUGAAUAUCAAAUUAACGACCAUUAGCCCUGGAUUUGUUCAGUCGGAUAUGUUAAAGGAUCUUUAUGAAUUCUUGAAUCUCUCCGAAGAUGGUUUUUUAAAAGAUACAGACAUUGCCGAUACAGUGAUUUACGUGCUAGGAACACCGGAAUCGGUAGAGAUUGCGGAAAUCACGGUGUUAGUACAAGGCAAGGGAUCUAAUGCUAUUGUAGGAUGAUUGGAAUGAAUCACAGGAUGUUAUUGCUUAGAUGUCGCAAACCGAUAAUUUUAAUGAAUCUGGCAGCUGAUCACAUCAUUACAUCAUUGUUCGAUGGCAAUAAAAUCUGUGUGUUACUUCUAUCUUGCAAGUAUCGGGGUAAAUCAAGAGAUAUCUCGUUAGUUUCGAUAUCGUCUUAAUGUUCCUUAUUUAUAGUACGUCAUAAAGAAACGUAAGAACGUUGUUUGACUUCAU